GUUUUGAGAGAGAGGGCCCUGCCUGUUUCUUCCGCCAUCUGAUCUCCAAAACAAUGCAAACGUAAAUCUCACCCUUUUCUCCUUCACCUUCACCUUCCCAACAACACCAAACCAAACCCUCUCUCCAACCCAUCACCAUCACACUUCAAAUCCAAAGCCCUUAACAACCUUCAAAAGCUGAAAGGGAACACAAACAACAAUAGAAAAUUAACAGUAACAGAUCCAUUUCUCUCUCCUUUCUUCAUUUUUCCCCAAUAACGCACAAAACCCUAGUCUCCUCACCCCCAAUCUCUCGUGAUCCGCUUCCAUUUCCAUGUCUGGGAUGAAUUUUCAUCUGGGUGUGUUUCUGUGCUUGCUUUCUGUGUGCUGCUGCUCUGCGAAUUCGCCUUUUUCCUCGCGGUCGAUCCUGAGAGUGGUCAACGACAAUGACGAAAGCGGUGGUGGUGAUCAUCCUGAUUAUGCCGUUGACCUUAAUGCCACGAAUUUCGAUGCUGUUCUCAAGGAUACCCCUGCCACCUUCGCUGUUGUUGAAUUCUUCGCCAAUUGGUGCCCUGCUUGCAGGAAUUAUAAGCCUCACUAUGAAAAGGUUGCUAGGUUAUUUAAUGGACCUGAUGCAGUGCAUCCAGGAAUCAUAUUAAUGACAAGGGUAGAUUGUGCAUCAAAGAUAAAUACUAAGCUCUGUGAUAAGUUUUCUGUUGGUCAUUAUCCUAUGCUCUUUUGGGGACCCCCUCCUAAAUUCGUUGGUGCUGGUUGGGAACCUAAACAAGACAAAAGUGAUAUACGUGCGAUUGAUGAUGCACGCACAGCUGAUCGGUUGCUUAGUUGGAUCAACAAGGAAACAGGCAGUUCAUUUGGCCUGGAUGAUCAGAAGUUUCAAAAUGAGCAUCUUUCAUCCAAUAUAUCAGACCCUGAACAGAUUGCAAGAGCUAUCUACGAUGUUGAAGAGGCAACUUCUAAAGCUUUUGACAUCAUCUUAGAGAACAAAAUGAUAAAACCAGGAACUCGAGCAUCACUUAUAAAGUUUCUUCAGCUUUUGGUAGCUCAUCAUCCUUCUAGGAGAUGCCGGAAGGGUGCUGCAGAAUUUCUUGUGAGCUUCGAUGACUUGUACCCAACAGAUUUUUGGUCAACUGUUAAGCAGGAAGAUGAUAAGAAUUCAGUUGGGAAUUUACAGAUUUGUGGAAAAGAGGUGCCACGUGGGUACUGGAUGUUCUGCCGUGGCAGUAAAAAUGAAACCAGAGGCUUUAGCUGUGGCUUAUGGGUUCUUCUGCAUUCACUCUCUGUGAGGGUUGAGGAUGGAGAGAGUCAGUUCACAUUUAAUGCAAUAUGUGAUUUUGUUCACAACUUCUUCGUCUGUGAGGAAUGCCGACAACACUUCUACAAUAUGUGUUCAAGUGUUUCUAGUCCUUUCACCAAAGCCCGUGACUUAGCUCUCUGGUUGUGGAGUUCCCAUAACAAGGUAAAUGAAAGGUUGAAAAAAGAAGAAGCAUCUCUUGGUACUGAUGAUCCCAAAUUCCCGAAGACAAUUUGGCCUUCAAAACAGCUUUGCUCAUCCUGUUACAUCAGCCAUGACCAGAAAAACAACAAAAUUGAGUGGAACCAGGAUGAGGUCUUUAAGCUUUUGACUAAUUAUUAUGGAAAUACACUUGCUUCUCUGUACAAAAACAAGAGUAUUGCUGGAAAGGAUGGAACUGAAGGAGCUGUUGAAGAUUUAAUAGUUGCAACCAAUGCAAUUGUGGUGCCUGUGGGAGCUGCUUUGGCUAUUGCUGUUGCUAGCUGUGCUUUUGGAGCACUUGCAUGCUACUGGCGCUCGCAGCAAAAGAGUCGGAAGCCAAGGAGAACAUGGAAGUAGGAAUAGCAGAGACUAGCACACAGAAAGACAGAGGAGGUACAUCACAGCUUUCAUAGGCUUAUAUGGUCAUGCUCCAAAGAGCCAUGCCAAGGCUUUUUGAAUAUAUCCUUUUUCUUGAUAGAAUGUACAGAACACAAUUCUUGGCCUUGGAGAUCAUGACUGAUCUGUGCUGCUUUCUUUCACUUUCUGGCGUUGAGCUCACAUAUAGAAUUUGGGGGAAAGUAGCACUUGACAAUAUGACAUGUAACAUUUUUGCUCUGUAAUUUUGGGUCAUUUUUUAUUAUCAAAGGAACUGUAUAAGCUACAAGUAUGUAUUACAUUAUUAUAUCUGGCUCAAGAGUUACCAAACACAUGAAUGGAAUCACAGAUGGCCUAUAGUGGAUUAUCA